ACCAGGGGUCCUUUUUGUGGGUUGAAAAAAAAUAAAGGGAACUUUAUAAAGAAAUCAAUAAGGCUAAUAAUGGGUUGCUUUUUUGCUUGUUUUUCUGCUUCCAAGAGUAAAAAACAUCAGCAUUUGGUGGAUGGGACUUCAUUUAAUGAUCAGGUUAGUUUUUUCUUCACUUUCCAGAAACAUGAAGCCAAUGAAGCUGUUCAAUCCAGUAAGGAAGAAGAUUUUGGGAUACCCUUUAACCCCAUUAUAGUGAAAAAAGAGAAGCUUGGGGAGCUAUUGAAUGACUGUGGUAAAAAGAAGGUGACUUUUGAUUUGAAUGUGAAGAAUCAUGAAGAAUUCCCUGUUGAAUCUGCUGACAAGUUGUUGAAAAAUAAUGAAGAUAAGGAGCGUGAGGAGACAAAAGAAACAGCUAAAUCUUCUGUUUUUGAUUUGACUACUUCAAAUGUAGUUUGCAAGUCUCAAAAUAAUAGAUAUCAGAACAGCUGUGCAGAAAGUGAGGAUGAAUUGGAAGAUUUGGAUUUAGAAGUAAGUGAUUUAGAUGAUGAUAAUGAGGAGGGUAAGGCUGAAAAUGAGUCACAAUUGGUUAUGGAAGAGUCAUCUGAGUCACUGUUUUCUUUGUCAAUAGAGUCUAGGAAACAAGUUUGUGAAGUUGAAUCAGAUGAGAAGGAAGUUACUAGUCCCACGCCAAUUGAUAAAUCACCUACCGAAGAAGUCAAGCCAAUUGGGUUAAAUCCAAAUUCUAAAUAUAGAGGUGUUGAGCAUCUUGAAUCAGUUUUGAAUCCUGUAGAAAAUCUUGCUCAAUGGAAAGAAGUCAAGGCAAAAGCAAGCAUACCAUUGAAGCCUGAUCAAGAAAAGGAGAACAUCAAUCUAGAGCUAGAAUUUGAUAAAAUGGUUACUAGUCCAGAGCCUAGUUUUAAGCUUGAAACUUUCAGUUCAAAGUUCUGGUCCAAUGACAAGAUGCUGGUAAGCCACGAAAUUGCUGUUGAUACAAGUCUUUCUAGCUGGUUAGUGGAACCUGAAAACACACUGAAUUCGAAGGCUAGUUCUAAUUCAGCUGGGAAUUCAGCAUCCAACAAAACAAAUUCCUCAAGAAGUCAUGACGAUAGGCCCAUUUUAGGAGCAUUAACAAAGGAAGAACUCAAAAAACAUUAUGCGUCUACAUCUCCAAGAAAGUGCAGGAGCCAAAGUCCAGAUGAAACACCUAUUAUAGGGACUGUUGGGAGUUAUUGGAGUCAUACUGGUCAGACAAUAGAUUCUGAUUCAAGCUCUCCUAGCAAAGGAAAAUCGAGAACAAGGAGCAGAAACAUUCAGGCAUACCAAGAAGAGAGACUUAAGUGGAAUGCAAUUCCAUUUGAGGUAAGGUUGGAGAGAGCUUUAGAUGGAGGGAUUGCAGGAGUAUAACAGUUCUCUUCAACUGUGAGUCAUCCUGGAAGAUGAAAGUGUUCUUCCUGCAGCAUUCCCAUGGAUACUUAUGUUUAUAUAUUUUUCCGUUGCAUACUUUAUUUUAUUUUUUACUUGAGGCUGCUAGGGCUUGGUUUAAUUUAUUGGUUUGGUUUGUGUAAGCAUUAGAUUUUUAGUGAAGAACUGAAAAUCCUCCCGGAUUUCUCUCUAAAUGAGUCCUGAUUUGGAUGAUACGUCUGUCUUGUUUAGCUUGUCUACAUUGUUUUAUAAGUUUGUAUGACAGGAUUUAUCUUUCUUGAUAUAAUCAUCAAAUCAACUGACUCUUUAUAUCCAAAUGUGAUUCAUGCAGAAAUCUAAAUCAACUAUAUGAAUCUUGAGAAGGACUAAAAGCUUAGCUCAUUUGGUUUAAGCAAUAACUUAAUGACAUCUAACAAGUUUGA